GAGGGGCCGGGAGGCGGCCGGUUGUUGUUUCCUUUUUAAUUUUCUGGCUUCAUCCUGAAAAGGGGAAGGUUUAGGGACUGAGGGACACUCAGACGUACCUACUGUGCCCCAGCACGUGCAUGGCCACCAAGGUGUUCAUUCCUCCCCGCACCUCAGCGGUUUCAGGAUCCUUGACUCAGUGGUGCAGAACCUUUCGGGGUUGGUUGGAAGCCACAACCCAGCCUCGCGAUGCAGUCUGAAUCCAGCCAGUGUGAAGAGGAGACCCCUUCCCUCUUAUGGGGUUUGGAUCCUGUGUUUCUAGCCUUUGCAAAACUCUACAUCAGGGAUAUCUUGGACUUGAAGGAGUCCUGCCAGGUCCCAGGUGUAUUUUUAUACAACGGGCAUCCAAUAAAACAGGUAGAUAUCUUAGGAACUGUCAUCGAAGUAAGAGAAAAAGAUGCUUUCUACAGUUACGGAGUGGACGAUAGCACUGGAGUUAUAAAGUGUGUCUGCUGGAAAAAGCUGAGCAAUACCGAGUCUUUACCAGCUGCUCCAAGUACAGCAAGAGAGCUGAGCUUAACCUCACAACUUAAGAAGCUACAAGAGACCAUUAAGCAGAGAACAAAGUUAGAAAUUGGGGACAUUAUCCGAAUCAGAGGCUACAUCCGCACAUACAGAGGACAGCGAGAAAUUCAUGCCACCGCUUAUUAUAAAGUGGAUGAUCCAGUGUGGAACAUUCAAAUUGCAAGGAUGCUUGAGCUGCCCAUUAUCUACAGGAAAGUUUACGACCAGCCUUUCCGCAGCCCGGCCCUGGAGAAGGAAAAGGCUCUAAGCAAUCCAGGUGCCCCGGACCUCACUGCUCUCACAUGUUUGCUGAGUGAAAAAGCCAAAGAAUUCCUCGUGGAGAACAGAGUACAGACCUUUUACCAGCAGGAGCUGGAGAUGGUGGAGUCUUUGCUGUCCCUUGCCAGGCAGCCUGUGGUUCACAGCACCUGCUCCAACCAUGCAGCAUGCCCACGUGAGAUUCCAGUCCCUGCCCCAAGUCUGCAGCUGCAGGGCGUGGGUGAACGUGACUGUGGUGUUCAGACUAACAGGGUGGACCAGGGAACAGAGGUGACUGUUCAGAAGGACACCACUUCCAAGGCAAUUCAUAGUAUAUUUAAGAAUGCUAUACAGCUGCUGCAGGAAAGAGGACUUGUUUUCCAGAAAGAUGGUGGUUUUAAUCACCUGUACUAUGUAACCAGAGCAGACAAAGAUCUACACAGAAAUAUCCGGCGGCUCAUUCAGGCGGAGUGCCAGAAACCAAACCACAUAGAGAAGGGCUGCCACUUCCUGCACAUCUUGGCCUGUGCUCGCCUGAGUGUCCUCCCGGGCCUGAGUGAGGCUGUGCUGCGGCAGGUUCUGGAGCUCCUGGAGGACCAGAGUGACAUCGUCAGCACAAUGGAGCACCACUACAUGGCGUUCUAAGCAGAGGCCCGCAGACAGCACACGCGGACAAGGAAGAUGAGAUGGCUCUUAUUUCAAACAUCACACAGGGGGUUAGAUGUCUGAAGGCAGUUUCCUCAUGAUAAAUUGCAAAAUGCAGUCA